AUGAAGGCUGGAACCAGCGUGAACCCUGUGGGGGCGCCUAGAGGCCUUGUAAAGGAGACUUGCGGAGGCUCGCAGGGCCCUACGCACAGCCAAUCUCCGCAGCAGGAUGAAGCCUACGGGGAGUCUCCUACGCAAACGCUUUGUCCUCACUGCAGCAAGGCCAUCACAACAACUGUGCGCUUCAAGCGGUCCUGUCUAGGGAUAUCCUCUUGCAUAGCUUCCUUUAUUUUUCUUGGCUGGAUAGGAUUCUGUUUGGGCCCUCUGCUCUGGGUGGCUCUUCGAGAUGCUGUCCACGAGUGCCCACACUGCAGAAAUCUAGUUUACCGCCGAUCUCGUGUUGCUUGCCCCUUCCCAGGGAGAGAUGGUGUCUUGACACUGCGUUGCGGGAGCUGUGCCGUGGUGCUCACGAGGCGAUACUUCAUUUGCUUUUCAGCCCUUUUCGCAGUCAUCCUCCUCUGCCACCUUUUCAGGGGUGGCCUUUUCGAUUCAACGUUACAAUACUUAACGAAGGGCGAAUCAACCUCCUUGAGCUGGCAAGAAUUCGUAUCCUUAUGUGGACACCGCUCUCAGCUGGGAAACCCACUGCAGGCAGCAGCCAACUUCAGGGAGAGCUUUGCACUGCGAACGGUCCAGUGGGAAGGUCUCGUCAAGCAGGUUAAGGAGGGCUUCUUUGCCGCCUCUCCUGCUUUCCUCUUCCUAGCGAUGAAUCCUACGCUAAGCACCGCUGCAGCACGCAAGGAAGAGGCCCCUCUGCUUCCAGAAUCAGAAGAAACAGACAAUGAAGAUCCCCAUAGUCUGUUGUCUGAGCUGGAGGCGCUGCGGAAGGAAGAAGAAGGCAUGAAGGGAGACGGUGCAGACUUGGCACUUGCUUUCGACAGAACCCUUGCCGCGGAAGUUGUCAAGCUCAGUCCUGGGGAUAAAGUUCGGUUUGAAGCCACGCUCCACGAAUUAGGAAGACGGGGGAAGCCUACCUUGGGCCGAUUGUGGAGUGUGGUUGUAGUGGAGCCUUGGACUUCUCGGGAGUUACGUCUGAAGAAGGCAGCCGCGACAGCAGAAGUCUUAUCGGAAUCGCUUCUUCCCAGUUUGCUUAUGGGGGGUAUAGGGGGCGGUGGUGUAGGCACGCUGAUGGGUUUUGGGGGCCCCUUUGGAGGCCUCCCCCUGCCUUCACCGAUACUAGGCCGGGGAAUCGUUGUGAUUCGCUCGCGAACGAUUGGCGAAGGGGGAGAGGUGCUGGAAGAGAAGGUGUGGCACGGGGAAGAUAAGCCGGAAGGCCAUGUGCUAGUUCAGCAGGAUGGAAAAGGGGAACCUCAGGAGCUCACUGACCACGCGAUUACCAAUGUGGCGGGGGGGGUGGACAUCUUGGCAAUGCUGAAAGAUGUGUUGGAGGGAGGGAGGCAGCAUCAGCAGGCUUCGGCAGACGAGCUAGCAGACGAGGAGCUAAAGCACUUGGAAGAAGUGGCGGUAUGGCCAGAAGAACCCCCAUAUGCCCUGCCUCCAAGACACGGGGACCACAAGGAUAGGCAGGAUGCGAGUCGCUCGCCUAAGGAGACGCGAGAGAGCGUCCGACCGCAAGAGCAACCCCAGAAGGCGGAACAAGACACGGCGCACUCCGUACCAGCAGCAAAGCCAAAGGAUUCGAAGCAGCAACAGCAGACACAAAAGAAACACUCGCCGUCGCAGCAGCAACAGCAGAAACAAAAGAAACACUCGCCGUCGCAGCAGCAAAAGGCAACACCCCCCCCCCCACCACAGCAGCAGCAACAGCAGCAACAGCAGCAGCAAAAGGCAACACCCCCACCACCACCACAGCAGCAACAGAUGCCCCCACCUGCGCCGCAGCCACAGCAGCAACAGCAGACACAAAAGAAACACUCGCCGUCGCAGCAGCAACAGCAGAAACAA